AGGAAUGGCUGCAGUGCUGUGUGGUUCCUGCUCUAAGGUCUAAUUGCCUGCAGCACUUACACUACUCCCAGCGGGUUGUCGUGAUCGACUCUUCGCUUUGACGCCUCGCGCUUUCGCAGGUUCGAUCUUUUGCAAAGCGUGUUGCAUACGCUCGGUUCCGCGAUCGUUCGGGUAAGCUCGUCGGUAUGGCGAGCAGCGCGGCUUGCGCUGGGCCUCUUAUUCGCCUUCACGCGCCGAGCGGAGCGUUAGAUCAGCCGAUCUCGAGACGCUCACUGGGUAACGAAAGGCCAGCGCACUCGUUAGCCGCAUCAGCUCCCCAAAUUCACAAACACGCAGCUUCCUAUAAUAGAAGUGCUUAUAACGGGAGUGCCAGUGGCGGGAGUGCGAAUGGCGGGAGUGCCAAGUGUAGGUCUUCUCCUUUCAGAACCCCUCUGAUCCCGUCCGCGCAGUCAGUGUCAGUAGGUUCUAGGAGGCUAUUGGCGACAGUCGAGCCGCUUACCUCUAGGUUCGAGCCGCUUAGGCCACGGACCGUUAGGUCGAGGCGCACACAGCAGGUUGUCAGAGCCGCCGUAGACACGUCACCUCCAUCUACCAGCUUCCGUGGCACCAGUAGCCGUCAGCCACGUGGCAUCCCUACAGGCACGAAUGGUGCCGCGAUUUCCGGAAACGGAUCGGCCACGCGAUUCGCGUCGAAGCCAGCUCAGCAGCAACCUCUAAAGCGGUCGUUGGAGCGGCCGCGCGACAGAGUGUUCGAGGAGGAUCCGGCGGAAGAAGCCGCCGCUGCGCGCCGAGCGGUCGGCGCGCCCCUGUACGAUGCGCAAGGGCUGGCGAAAUUCUACUCGAAGCGACCGCUAGAGGUGGUGGGCCGAGCCUUGCGCGUCACCACAGCGCUAGGCUCAGUAGCCUUCUCCGUCCUGGUGGAUCGGCAGCGCGGCCAAUUAGACGCCAACAUGCCGCGCCGAGCCUCGCAGCUUCGGCGCGCGCUGACGAGCCUGGGCCCUACGUUCGUGAAGCUAGGUCAGGCGCUCUCCACGCGCCCGGACCUGUGCCCCCCGGCGUAUCUAGACGAGCUGGCGCUGCUGCAGGACGCGCUGCCGACUUUCCCCGACGCAGAGGCGUUUGCGUGCAUCGAGGGGGAGCUGGGGCGCCCCAUGGAGACCCUGUUCGAAGCCAUCAGCCCCUCGCCCAUCGCUGCUGCCAGUCUGGGCCAGGUGUACAAGGCGCGGCUGGCAGGGUCCGGCACGCCAGUGGCGGUGAAGGUGCAGCGGCCGGGGAUCACAACAGCUAUAGGGCUCGACUUCCUGCUGAUCAGGGGGCUGUGCUCGCUGGUGGACAAAUACGUCGACUCGCUCACCACCAGUUCAGUCGCUCUCUUGGACGAGUUUGCAGACCGAGUGUAUCAGGAGCUCAACUACGUGCAAGAGGCUCGCAACGCGCGCCGUUUCCGGCAGCUGUAUGGCGACCAGAGCGGGGUGUAUGUGCCGCAGAUCGUGUGGCGCAACACAUCCUGCCGGGUGCUGUGCAUGGAGUGGGUGGACGGGGUGAAGCUCAGCGAUGCAGCGAGCAUGCGGCAGAACAACUUGGAUGUCAUCGACCUGGUGGACAUCGGCAUUCAGUGUUCCUUGAGGCAGCUGCUAGAGUUCGGCUAUUUCCAUGCAGACCCCCAUCCGGGCAACCUGCUGGCCAUGCCAGACGGCCGUCUGGCUUUCCUUGACUUUGGCAUGAUGAGUGAAACGCCGCCCCGUGCCCGCUUCGCCAUCAUCGGCCACGUGGUGCACCUGGUGAACCGCGAUUAUGAGGCCAUGGCACGCGAUUACUAUGAGCUCGAUUUCUUGGACCCCUCAGUGGACGUGGCGCCCAUAGUGCCGGCUUUAAGAGGCUUCUUUGAUGAUGUGCUGCAGGCCACUGUGAGCGAGCUCAACUUCAAGACCAUCGUGGAUGGGCUGGGAGCAGUGCUGUACCAAUACCCCUUCAAUGUCCCGGCCUACUACGCGCUCAUCCUUCGCUCCCUCACUGUGCUCGAGGGCCUUGCUCUCUACUCCGACCCCAACUUCAAGGUCCUGGCAGCGGCCUACCCCUACAUGGCCAAGCGCCUCCUCACAGACCCGAACCCCUACCUGCGAGACGCCUUGAUUGAGCUGCUCUUCAAAGACGGUGUCUUCCGCUGGUCUCGCCUGGAGAACCUCCUCACCCAGGGCCAGCGCGACCGGGACUACAAGACCACCGACGCCCUCCAGCCCCUCAUGGCUCUCAUCCUAGGGCCCGAUGGGAAGCCUCUAAGAGCGCUGGUGGUGGCUGAAGGGGUGAGGGUGGCUGAGGCGCUGCUGGUCGCCGGGGCCGUGGAUGGGGCGCUGGAGGUGUUACCGGACGCGGUUACCACCGCGCUGCUCCCGCGGCCACUGAUGCCGCUGCGAGAGGCGUUGGAGGCGGCGCGAGGGGGGAAUGGGAGCUUGAGUGUGAGGGAGGUGGGAGGGAGUGGGGGAGGGGGUGGGGGAGGGAGUGGGAGGGGAGGGGGGGCGAGGGGGGAGGCGAGGGCGAGGAGUAUGGAGGAGAUGGUGGCGUUGAGGGCUCAGGUGCUGCGGUGCUGGGCUCUGCUGAGAAGCUCAGAUGACUUUGACCCCGCGACUCUGCUGCCACUGGUGGAUAUUCUGCAACAAGAGGAGGUGAGGGAGAUGGGAUCUGACUUCGCCACUGGCUUGCUGCAGAGACUCGCCGCCCGCUCGCUACAGCUGCUGCUACAGCCCCCCCCUGCCGCCCAGGCCCCCCAGCCUGCACCAGUGUAAAGCUCUGUCGCGCCACUGUAACAGGCGCUGUUACGUAGGGUCUUUAGAAAGACUCAGAAGUCAGCUUUCUAGAGCUGCUGUUGCCUAUAAAUCCGCACCUCUUCUCCCAGCCCACACCGCCUGCUCCAUCCAGUUCAGCAGGCACUGUAGAGGCGUUGUGUCUGGUUUCUUCUGGAGCUAAUUAUUUGAAUUUGGGCUCCUUAAAACUGGUUAUCGAAUGCCAAAAACAUCAUACCAUCAUCCCUCCUGUUUGUGUCUACAUGAUUGCAUGACCUGAUGUAAGCUACCAGUGGACACUUGGUUCAAUUCGGCUCCUCUGGAACGCGACCUGCUCUUCCUGUCAGAAACCGAGAGGCGAGUCAUGAUCACGACUAAAAGCAAGUCACCCUUAUCGGUGGGGAAAGGGUGAGCAGCAUAACCGCCCACGGAUCUUGGGUGACCUGUCACUUGAUGACUUGGGACCGUGGAGGAUUUUGGAUCAAGUGUAGAUUCUGGGUGCUAGAUGG